AUGCUGAAAUCUAUAGUUAGUGGUGAUAAUGAGAAUAUAGAUGUUAUUUCAGUCGUUGCUGGUAAUACUAGUACUGAUGGUAGAAGUAGUAGUGUCAUUAAUGAAGAUGUAAUUAAAUGUGAGAUUCUAACCGGACUCCCUGUCAAGUCACUUAUGCGUUUCAAAUGUGUAUCUAAAUCUUGGUUGUCCUUAAUCGAAGAAGAUCCAUCUUUUACUGAUUUACACUUAGCACGUCCAGCUCUCCUUUUGGUGAUACCACGCACACCACGAAGGGAUCCAAAUAAUCCGUACAAUCUGAAUCUGCAUAGAAACAUACAUGAUCAGCUAGUUUUAACAGCCAAUCUAAUUAGAGAUCAAGGAAGCGAAGGAGAAGUUCACAGUACAAGGAAGAUAAAAUCAUCUCAAAGUAGUGGGAUUCUGGGACCUGUAAACGGCUUAGUCUGUUUUGUUAACCAAGACAAGUCAGUUGUUUGCGUAUACAACCUCAGCACUAGAGAGAGAACACCGGGUGUUAAAUCGACAUUACACUUGCCAUCGGAAGAACAAUCAGCAGGCUUUUCUCUUCAUAAAAUCUAUCAAUUUGGAUUCGAUCCGGUUACUAAAAAACACAAAGUAUUGUGUAUUUGUCAUCGUUUAUUUCAGCACCCAGGUCAAUUGUCCACCUAUGCUGACAAUCAAGUUUGCGAGGUCUUGACCGUAGGAGACAAUGCAUGGCGAAGGAUAGAUGAGUUCCUGCCUUGGGGUAUUGACUACAUCUUGCCUUCUUCUGUUUAUGUGAACGGUUACAUUUAUUAUUGCACUGAUAAGUUUUUGAGUUGUAGUUGGUAUGGUGGUUGGCAAAAUGGUGAUGCCGUAUUGGUUGCAUUUGAUGUCAGUAUUGAAAAGUUCAGAACGAUUACAAUUCCUAAUCUCAUCCUCCGUAGCCCUCCUUCUGAUGAUUGGUUUAAUCAACAUGCCGACUUGUUAGAAGUGAAUGGGCAUAGAAGAUACCGAGUAUGA